AUGUCCGCUCCAACUCCCGACCAGAUCAGGUCCCUUGAGCAAUCGCGUCAGCGUCUGGCACAGCUCACGCGCUCCCUAGCCUCUCUAAUCGCCAGUCUCAAUCAAAGCAACCCUCUCCCCUCAUGGUCCUCCCUCCAAUCCCAAGCAAGCAUCAUAUCCAACAACCUACUCAGCGUCUCUGAACACCUCACCGAAAGCCGGGAUCUCCUUACCUCCCUGGUCACGUAUCCCGGCCCCGAAUACCCGGGCCGUACGCAGGCAAAUACCCUGGAGCAGCUCCUGCGGACGAAGCUCGAUCCCCGUGUCGAAGACUGGGUUGCGCGCGGUCGCAAGGCCGGGACAUCCGCGUUGCAGGACCAGUCGGCACUCAGUGAGAUGGAGUUGAUGGAGUUGUGGCAUUGGGCGCCUGUGGAGGCGAACCAGGAAGCGAGACGGAGGAAUUGGGGCGGGAAUUUCACCCUCGAGGAGAGGGAAUUGGGCAUCCAGAAUGUGGCGACCGGGUUGAAGAGACAGUUGGAGGAUGAUGAGCGGUCGGACGACGAAGAUGAGGACGACGAGGAAGUAGAUGAGAUGGAGGUCGUCGGGGUGAGGAGGAAAUCGGGCUCGGGAAGUGGCUUGGAGUUUGACAUUGCACAGGCGACACAUCAGAAGCCGACGGGGCCGGGGGUUCCCUUGGAUGAGAUCUUGAGAUAUAUGACUACAGGGACGCUUCCGGGGCAGCGGUGA